CCGCGCGACAAACUGAGCACGAGGCGUUGCGCACGCCCCAAGAGCGCGCAGUGGAUACGAGUUGUACGCGCUCCAGGAAAACACAGAAAACGUGGAUUUUAUUGAGAGAAACCCCGUCACAUUAAACCUUUACGAGAGCAGGUGUCGUUACGCGUCGCUGUCAUCUGCUAACGAUUUGCGCGCUGUUGUGGUUGCUGCGCGACGCGUUGUUUUAUUUCUGUCAGUUGAGGUAACAGCCGCUGUUCAUGCCUCGUUUACGGAGUCGUAUCGCAAGGGGAAAUUGCGACUUUGUUUCGCGCGUCGCGUAGCACUUCGAAGUGGCUUGUAGCUAUUAUUAAUUUUGUGAGCACCACGUGAGUGGGACGCAACGCAUGGGAUGUGAUACCAAACCCUCAGAAACUUACAAGACCACAGCAUCCGACCCUGACUUUUGGUACUGCGUUGGUACGUCUACAGCGUAAACGCGCACUUGACACUGAAGAAGCGGCGCAAAGGACACAAAGUGGCAAAAUUUUGUUGACUUUUGUGAUUCAUUUUGACUUGGUACACUUUUGAGGAGCUCAGGGAUACUGACUGUUUCAAACAUAAAUUGCAAAACAAAAUUGCAAUUUGUUUUUUAAUCGAAUGCAUUUGCGUUUUUGUUAUUUCACUUCUGGACAGUUUGGCUUCCACAUACUUUGAAUUUGGUUAUAUGUUUGAAUUAAAGAGGUUAUAGAUCAGCAUCACACACUUGGCUGUCUGGUCCCGGUGAGAAUGGCUGUAUUAUGGGAUGUCCUGAUGACGUUCAUGUGGAGACGGACUCUUAUUUAUUCUGUUCUGAUGUUUUCUAUCACUGAUCUGCGCACCUUUGGAGACGACUCUUUUAAUGGAGAGUCAUGGCUGCGAAUGUACGGCUACCUCCCUCAGGCCAGCAGGCAGAUGUCCACCAUGCGCUCGGCCCAAAUCCUGUCUAACGCCAUUAGCGACAUGCAGCGUUUUUAUGGCUUGGAGAUCACUGGAGAGAUGGACCCGAAGACCAUCGAUGCCAUGAGAAGACCCCGCUGUGGUGUGCCAGAUAAGUUUGGAGGUCAAAUCAAGACCAACGUCCGGCGGAAACGAUACGCACUCACCGGCCACAAAUGGGACAAGACGCAAUUGACUUUUAGUAUUCAGAACUACACCCCUAAGAUCGGAGAGUACAACUCGUACGAAGCCAUCCGAAGGGCCUUCCAGGUGUGGCAGAAGGUGACGCCUCUCACAUUCAUUGAAAUUCCCUUUUUGGAGGUCAAAUACGGCCGUCGGAAGGAACCUGAUAUCAUGAUCUUCUUCGCCUCUGGUUUCCACGGUGACAGCUCACCGUUUGAUGGAGAGGGUGGAUUUCUGGCACACGCUUACUUCCCUGGUCCAGGAAUGGGAGGGGAUACUCACUUUGACUCGGAUGAGCCGUGGACGAUUGGUUCAGAAAACUUGCAAGGUAAUGAUCUCUUCCUGGUAGCGGUGCACGAGCUGGGCCAUGCCCUUGGAUUGGAACACUCCAAUAAUCCCAUGGCUAUCAUGGCUCCUUUCUACCAAUGGAUGGACACGGAAAACUUUGAACUUCCAGAGGAUGAUCUCCGUGGGAUUCAGCAGAUUUAUGGACUUCCUAACAGUUCCCCAACUCAGGCGCUCCCCACUGUGACCCCACGUCGACCAGCCCAGCCAGGCCCCAGAGCACCCACCCCUCCUAAAAGCCCACCCGGAUCACCCCCACGCCGUCCAGACAAGCCCAGGACCACCGAUCGACCGGAUCAUUACGGCCCCAACAUCUGUGAGGGCAAUUUCGACACGGUCACAAUGCUGAGGGGAGAGAUGUUCGUUUUCAAGGGUCGCUGGUUCUGGAGAGUGAGGAGGAAUAGAGUGCUGGAUAAUUACCCGAUGCCUAUUGGACACUUUUGGAGAGGCCUGCCGGGAGACAUCGACGCCGCAUAUGAAAGACAUGAUGGCCGCUUUGUGUUUUUCAAAGGAAAUCAGUUCUGGUUGUUUAGGGAAGCUAACCUGGAACCGGGUUACCCUCAAGAACUAAUGGACUACGGUAGAGACAUCCCUUACGACAAGAUAGACACGGCCAUCUGGUGGGAACCAUCUGGAUUCACUUAUUUCUUCAAAGGAGACAGGUAUUGGCGCUUUAAUGAGCACUCGAGAGCCGCGGAUCAGGAAUACCCUAAACCAAUUAGCGUGUGGGGCACUUCUGUACCCUCCUCUCCCAAAGGAGCCUUCCUCAGCGAUGAUGGAGCUUAUACAUACUUCUACAAGGGUUCAAAGUACUGGAAAUUCGACAACCACAGAAUGAAGAGCGAACCGGGUUAUCCAAAGUCCAUUCUUAGAGACUUCAUGGGCUGCAACGUUGACCUCGAUCCCGACAGAGACACCGAUGUGGACCCAGGCCGCAAGUGGCCCGAUCGGCCACCUUUUAAUCCGGAUGCAGGGCGAGACAAAGAUAAAGAAAAGGAGAAAGAGAAAGAGCCAGACGACACUAAUGAUGUCGACUACAAAGACAAAACCGAAGAAGAAACUACGGACGUGGUGUUGAAGAUAGACGAGACAGAACGCACCAUGAACAUCAUCAUGGUGACGGUACCACUGGUCCUGGUGCUGUGCAUCCUGGGAUUGAUCUACGCCAUCAUUCACACACUACAGAGGAAAGGAGCGCCUAAAUAUUUAGUGCACUGCAAACGCUCGCUGCAGGAUUGGGUUUAACCUUUCACCUCCGAUCUGCACCCAUUUCAUCGAAUCAAAAACAAUUUGCACACACAAACACAUAAACGCACACAUUUCAUUCACACGUCUCUUUUCUUUUCCCAUGGUGCUUUUCUCUAACAUGUCGAUAAGUCUAUUUAUAUCAGAAAGUUUGCACAUUGAUUUUUUUCGGUGUUCUUAUUCAUAAUAUUUUAUUAAUUUGUGGGGUUUUCUUAUUUUCUUCGGUUUGAAAUGUAACAAUUAGACCUCUAGAUCUGCACUCAGAGUUAAAGAAGAACAGACUGUGGGAGAUUUGGAAAAUCUCCAAAAGAGGAAUACGGAAGCGGAGACGGGAAUAACUUCCUGUUUGGACUCUGAGCUGCGAUGUACCUACUGACCGGGCAACUCAUAUCAUAACUCAAAUUUAACUUGUCAAUCAUAACAUUAAUAUAUGGAUAUACAGUAGGGUCCAAAAGUUUCAAGCUACUGUGCUUGGGAAAAUCCUUUUUUAUGCAUUUCUGUUUUGAACUAUUUCUUUUCCUGUACAAUGCAGAAUAUUUAAUUAAAAACACAAUAUUAUUGGUAUGACAAUUUAAAUCAGAUUUAAGAUGAACACGAAUUUGAGAUGUUUUUAGUGUUUAGCAUGUCGCCCUUUUGCUUUAAUGACAACAUGCAGUUGAGCUGGCCUGGACUCCACAUGUUUGUCCAAAAUCUGAUGACUCCAGAAUUUUCCCAAGAGAUUUAUGUGUGCCAAUGGAACCAAGAAAAUCACAAUUAUCUGCCUACGUUUGAUGACAAAUGUUGAUUUCCAUGUUUUGAGAUGUGGAUGUUUGGACCCCACUGUAUGUUCAUGUCAAUAAAUAUUUUGGUCAUCAAGAUUACCAUACCACGUUAGUCGAUUAGCAAUAAAAGCAGCUGGAUGUUUUUUUCCGACCGGUAACCAAGUCCAGUUGCGUUUAACAACAUUUUUAAUACAGCAUAGCCAUUUGUUUUAAAAUCAUAAAGUAGGGACUUUUCUCCAGAUUUUGCUGACUUGGUAUGAUCAUAACAAAAAUCACAUUUUAUUGCCUUUUGUUUAAACGGUGCCUUGGUCUUGCCAGCCAAACAUGUUUUUUUUUGUGGUUUCGUCGUCCAUAUUUGUAGUGCCGCUUUGACCUCUUUCGCUUCACUUCAGCCAUUGAGACUUAUGAAACUUGGGGCAUUGUGGUUAAAGAAAUAUCUUACCUUUGCUGAUGUAGGAGCAAUUCGCUAAAUAGGUUUAUACAUACUGUAUGAACAUAUAUAAAACCGAGGCUAUAAAAGCAUACAGCUACGUGCAGCAAUUUAAAACUCCAUAAAAUGUGCUCGCGUUCGCUUCGGGGCCCAAUUAUGAAUAAAAAUCCUAAAACGGUGUUUGUUGUUGCCCUCAUGUCGGGAUUGUUAGAUAAUCCUCUCAUUUUAAAAACAGCAGGGGCCUAAAACACAUUGCAAACAUUUUCCCACCCCAAAUCGUUCUCCCACUCAGAAAUCCGACUCUCGUUGACAAAGCAGAGGUGGCCAGGACAGGAAUAAAAGAACAGGAACAACUGUGUGAGUUCAAAGAAAGGGUUAAAACGCCGCAACUUGAUCUACCAAGUCUUUGCACGAGGGCUUACUGUAUGUUUUAACAGCUCAGUGUGGAUUGUAUUACAGUGAUGGGGCAGAUUUUAGGGGUGGGGGUGAAAUAAACAGGCAAGGAUUAUCCUACUGCAUACUCUACACAAGCCUGAUUGAUGUGUCAUUGUGUUUAGGGACGCACCGAUAUAUCGGCCUGUAAUCGGCAGAUGAGAGUAUUUUUCCCAUCAUUAGCCAUCGGCAGAUGGUUUCAAAACAAAAUACCUAAAAACGAAACAAUCUGUAUCUAUCGUAACACCAAAUGCAGGAUCCAUGAAAUACUUGAAAGUUUGUGAAUCUGGUGGAAAAAAUUCAAGGCCCUGGGAAGUUUUUGAAAAUAUACAUACACAGGUACAGGUCGUUGAAUCUUGAAAGUGCUUGAAUCUAUUUUAUCCAAGAAGUUUUCUGAAAAAUUCCAGAUUAUUCACUAUGUAGUGUAGGAUAAUAUCAUAAAAAUUCUAGACUUUUAAGCACACUUGCUAAACUGUUCGCUUUAAAUGCUUAUAUCUUCUGUAUGCGAAUGUUGAUUCAUACCAAAAUGCUUUUUUGCAUAGUUGUGUUUAACACAUGAAAACGUCUCGGCUUACGUAUCUAACUGGUGUUCCCUGAGAAGGGAACGAGACGCUGCGUCUCCCUUGCCAUACUUCCUGCGUCCCUGUAAUGCCGUCUUUGGCAAUAUUUCAGAUAGCGAUAUACUUCCUGCCUCCUGCGUCACCCUAUCUUUGCCGUUAAGCCUCACCAUUGGUUGAAUUUGAUGUACGCAUUCAGACGCACUUACCCCUGGAGGCGUCCCCAAAGUGUCACCGCAGUGACGCAGCGCGAGUUCCCUCAAAAGGGAACUGUAACAAUGUAUCUUAAAAGGUAACACGAUGUAACCUUGCUCUCACUUGAAAUGUGUCCCCACAUUUAGUCCUUGAAUUUGAGGGUAUUGGACAUGGAAAGUCCUUGAAAGGUCCUUGAAUUUGAAGUUAACUAAGGUGUGGGAACCCUGCAUAUUUCAUUCUAAGUAAUCGAAUAUCGGUGUCAACACAGAUAUUUUGUGUCGGUGCAUCCCUAGUACCAUACCAAUUCAUAAUGCAAUGCAAGUGUUGCUUUCUUGCAUACAUGUGUAGAGUUUGUUCCUGACCUCAUCUGAGCUUUUGUUAGGUAGCAUGCAUAACAGCGCCAACCCUGUAUAAGAGUUUGUUGGCAUACCGUCACAUUUUUGCUAUGGCCCACCACUGGUAAUUUUUGGAUCACUAAUAUGAUCCCCUUUUCAUUACCCAGAUGCGAUCUACUAGGCGAGUUUCCGAACAUUGUACGAUCUUUGCAAUCUGUAUUGUUUUGCUUAGCCUAAUGUCUAACCUCCGAAGACUGCAUAAACUCGACAUAGUACGCAGUACUCAGUGCGGCAUUAAGAAACAAAGCGUUUUUAAAAGUGAAAAAUGUACCCGUCACGCUCUCCGAACUAGUUUGUUUUCAGAGGAAAGCGAGUUAGAUAUAAAGGAAAGACUGAGAGUGGUGUUGUAAAUAUUGCUCUGUCAGACAAGGGUAAAGCAUAAAGCCCUUUAAUAAAUAUUACUGCUAGAGGAGAGCGAGGACAGUCGUGAUAUGAAUGCCGUCACUUAUGAGUGCACCCCUCACCGUGGUGCUCCUGUCGUCUGGGGAGAUUUGGGAGAGAGUUAAUCAGACAUAAAAGCUCCUCUGCGUUUCGCUCGGUGCCCUUUACCUUCCCCUCCUUCUGCCCGGAUCAAUGAGGAAUACAGAAAUAGGCUUUAAGGAUCUCGGCUCACUCAGGCUUUGUUCCCUUCCUUAUUAUUUUUCCCUCUUUUUAGGGCCCGAGGUGCGAGGACCCUGUUGUUCUUCAAGGAGUUAUUAUUAUAUAAAUAUGUUUUCCCAAAUGUGCCACUGCUUUAAAGCGCCAUGGUACCUGAAUUAGGCAGCAUACAUUAUAGACGUAAAAGUCUGUGAAAUCCCAGUUAAAGUUAUUUUAAAGGAUGUAAAUAAUGUAAAGAACAUUCAGUGAAAAUAUAACCUUGAUAUCUUCAAUAUCGACUGAGUAAGAUAAUCAUUGAAAUCAAACUUAGAUGCUCCAAAUCUCAAAGUUAGAUAAUGAGACUUUAGCCUGGAUUUCACAGACACGGGGUCACAUAUAGCCAGGGGUCCUUUUGAAACCAUUGCUGUAUCACGGUACCACAACAGUACUUUAUUUGUAAGUCUAAACUGCAUUAACGUUCAUUACUUCUUGUAUUCUUUUGUGUGACUUAUCUUGUGAUAGACAAUGACUGAGUAAUCAAACAAGUCUGUUUGUCAGUAUUUAAUACUGUAGUUUUUAAACAUAUCCAUCUCGAAUCAACCUCAGGCCAAGUAUCUGACUGGCUCUUAUAACAAUGGCCUCUCUCUGUGCAUUAUUGUCGGGCACAUUGCUUCUGGCCGACAGGAAGAUGGAUCGGGCUCUCGGCCAGGGCCACAAAGCUUCCUACCACCCUAACAUAGCAUUCUUAACAACAGACUCGAGUGUGAAUGAUGAACGCUGGCUGUUUGGGUCACACCUUUCUUAUAAACAGUUUAGGAUCACGCUAGAAUCACCACCCAAAUGGAGCGUGUGUAUAGUAUCGGUCUGGACAGUGAGGUUGUGUGUGUGUGUUUUCUCCUGAUAUAAACUUGAGCUCUGAUCAGACGUGCCUCUAAAAUCAUAUGUUCAUCCCAUUUAUUAACCACUUUUCAUUAGUCAAAUGCAGUUAUUGUUGGUUAACUGAACCAACUGGGUCGAGACAAUAGCGUUGUUUUCAGUUUUGUGGAAUUGGUUGAACGAGACACGGACAGCGAUGGCAAGCACGCGGCAGCAUGGGUAGAUUUGAUUUGAAAUCGUUUUGUUGUGUGACGGUGCGUCUGGGUAUGCACGCUGUCUUGAAGGGAAUCUCACUUUACUGGAAACUGACAAAAACAUGCUGUUUAAAAGCAUUCGCAGACAAAACUCAAGUAGCAAAUCACUAACAUUUACUGUAAAGCAAUGAUGUGCAAACAUGUGCUGCAGUGUUUUUCGUAAACACCUCAUUGUGGUUCUUAAUGAUGCUAUACUGACAUUAUUGUAUUUACAGUUCAUUUUUCUUGAUCUUAAAUUUGGUCAUUUUAAAAAUUGUAAAUAGUACCUUUUUGAAAUAUUUUUCGUUUUUCGUGUUUUUUAGAUUUUUACCUUGUUAAUAACAUUCCGAUUUGUGUUUUGAUUUUAUUCUUAUGUAGAAACUGAGGAUUUUAUACAUUUAUGUUUGUUGUCACAUCUGAGUGUGUUUAACAAUCCAUGCUGGACAUGUAAAGUAUAAUAAAAGAUCAAAAUGUGAGAAGA